UUUUUCCUCAUCACAGGUCAUCACAGUGGCUGAUUUUUUGGCACUAAGGUGGUUUUGGUCGAGUGGAUGUUAUGCGGCUGGCUUCCUGCAGUGGAUUGGAGAAAGGAAGUUGGAGAAAUAAUGAAAAUAUUUGCCUCUAAACGUGAGGAAUACGGGGGACGUUUGUUGGCCGUUGCCUAGUGACGACUCCGAUAAAGAGGCUCGCGCGCGCGCGCUCACGCGAUUCCAGAGAGCGAGCGCGGCUCAGAUGACGCUCGAGCGACGCGCGAGACCGAGCCAGCGUCAGUUUGUUUAGCUAAAAGUUUAGCAUUUGGACGCGACGUUUUCUGAAACGGUUUCCUUGUUUAUUUAUUUAUUUAUUUAUUUUCGCGGUUUUUUGAAACAAUCUCCUUUCUCCACGGGCCACUGAGUUGGUCAGUAAUCUCCAUAAUGACUUCAGGAGCCACAGCUGAAAAGAAAAGACAGAGCUGUGAGCGGAGGAAGGCGAGGUGUCGUGAUGCGGCACGCUGUAGGCGGGUGAAGGAGACGGAGGUGUUUAAUCAGCUGGCCAAUCAGCUUCCUCUCCAUCACAGCAUCACCGAGAGCCUCGAUAAAGCCUCGAUCAUCCGUCUCACGCUGAGCUACCUGCACCUGCGCUCGGCCCUCAGCACAGUGAUGAUGGGCGAGCAGUCCGAGUUGGACACUCAGUGGAGCGCUUCCUGUCUGAAGGCCCUCGACGGCUUCCUCAUGAUUCUCUCUCAGGAUGGAGACGUCGUUUACGCUUCAGAAACCGUCAGCAAGUGUCUGGGGAUUCCCCAGAUCGAUCUUUCAGGACAGAGUGUGUUUGAUUUCACUCACCCCUGUGACCAUGAAGAGAUCAGAGAGAUGCUGGUUAACAGAACAGGUUCCUGUAAGAAAACGAGAGAUGAGCAGAGUUGCUUGUUGCGCAUGAAGUGCACUCUGACCAGCAGGGGGCGCACCGUCAACCUCAGAUCUGCUACGUGGAAGGUUCUACACUGUUCCGGUCACAUCCGCGUGGAGUGCACGCAGAACAGCGUGUGUGAAGAGAGCGGUACGACGGUGUCAUACCUGGUGCUGAUCUGUGAACCGAUCCCACAUCCAGCCAGCAUCGAGGUUCUUCUAGACUCCAGAACGUUCCUGAGCAAACACACGCUGGACAUGCGCUUCUCCUACUGCGACGAACGGAUCACACAGUUGUUGGGGUAUGACCCUGAGGAUCUCCUUCAAUGUUCUGUGUACGAGUUUUAUCACGCUCUGGACUCGGACAGUCUCACAAAAACACACCACAACUUGUUUGUGAAGGGCCAGGCAUGUACAGGUCAGUACCGUAUGCUGGUGAAGGGCGGAGGCUUUGUGUGGGUCGAGACUCAGGCCACCGUCAUUUACAACAACAAAAACUCUCAACCGCAGUGUGUCAUCUGCCUCAACUACGUCCUCAGCGGUGUUGAAGAACCCGAGCUCGUUCUCUCUCUCCAUCAGUCAGCGAUAAAGCAGGAGAAGGAGGACGGGUGCGGGACGGAGAGAGAGACACAGAGCCAGGAAGCAGUGACUCGGAUAAACGAGGACAGGAAAGAGGAGAAGAGAGAGGGAGAAACAGAGUUACAGGCUGACGCUGACGUCACACUGGACUUCACGAACACAGGGACAGAAACGUCAGUGCUCAAGGACGCUCCUCUCUACAACGACGUCAUGCUGCCCUCCACCAGCGUCCUGUCACCUCUGUCUCCGCCCACCGAACCACCCUGCGCCACCCUGCCCCGGCUGGACGACCUCCCCUUCCCAUCAUCCUCUGCUCCGAACUCGUCCGGUCGCGGUUCCACUCAGGCGGUGGAGGAUCUGGAGUUGGAGAUGUUAGCUCCCUACAUCUCCAUGGAUAAUGAUUAUCAGCUCCACACGCAUGCACACGCAGAGGGUUCAGAGUAUCCUCACUCCGGCCAGAAAAACACCAGAAAGCACACAGAUCCCAGCGGUACACAGCACAGAGAACAGCCGGAUGAAGAUCUGUCUUCCGCAAGUCGGUCGAGCCAAAAGAGAAAAUUUGAAACGAUUUCUCUGCGUCAUGCCACAGGGCUGGUGGUAACAGACUCACCUCAGGUCAAGAGGUCAAAGGUGACGGUGUCAGAGGCUCGUCCACCAGCCGCCAUGCCAGAGACUCUGACUAUACUGCUGCUCCCCUCAGACGUGUUAAACCAAUUAGUGGUAGGAGGAGCCAUCAUUAAGCCCCUCCCACACAUCACUCUAGGAUGUGAAGUUGACGCACCUGUCACUGCGCGGAGAAACCUGCUGCAGGGGGGCGGGAGGAGCUUCGGCACGCACCGCACUGAACCUGCAAAAGAUUUUUAAUAUUUAAUAUAUUUCAUCAUUUUAGAGAUUUUAUACUUUGUCUAAUUAUAUGUUAUUAAAUGUUACUUUUUAUUAAAUGUUACUUUUACUUUCCUAUAUUUUAUAUUAUUUUAAGGCAUUUUUGUUUAAACCAAAGUGCUCGUUAUAGAUAAUUAUAAAACUCAUGACUCGUUGUUUUAAUUUUUUAACUUUAUUAGCUAUAUUUCAACAUACAGUCAAAUCCAUACAUGGAUACAAGAACCAUUCAUCUCCUCAUACAUGAAAUUAUUUUAAAUAAGUAAUUUUUUAAAAAAUAUUUAGAUUCAAAUUUCAAUAUGUAGAAAUUCAAGUGAACAACUGUGAUGUGGUGAGAUUUUUCGUGUGAUUUACGCUAAAGCUAAAUCUGCCUCUAACCCCCGCCUCUAAACCUACCUCAACCGCUCACUCCUCCUCUAACCAGGCACGAGACGAUACGAGACGUAUCCCGAUACAGGCUUCACGAGACGAUAGUGACGCAAAUACUGUAUAAAAUUUUAACGUGUUUAUUUUGUAACGACAUUAAAUCGAAUCGCUGUGAUAUCAGUACAUUGUAUUGAAGGAAAAGUAGAUCAGGAUUUAUAAUAUAAGGUGUAAUUUUCCCCUAUUAUUAACAUUAUUUUAAUAUUUUCAGUGCCAUAAAUGUAUUUCAUGGCAAUGUUCCUAAUAUGGAAAGAUGGUUGGACAAGAUUAGUUUGUGCCUUAAAUGAUGAAAUAUGAAUCAAAAAUAAAAAAGCAGUUUAAUUGUACUGAUGAGAAAAUAAGAGUGAUGUUAGUUUCCUCAUCUCACCAAAAUGAAUUUCUGGUUGCGUCCACACGUCGUGCUUCUGAAUCGUUUCAGACGCGAGUGUGACUUACAUCAAGCGCAGCUCACAGGUCGUUGCUUUUAACCUGCGUUUCAGACCACGUUCAAGCCAGCCGUGUCAGAAACCGGGGUGCACAUAUAUACGGUUUACGGUAACUACCUUCGGAUGGCUACGCUACAGAUCCGCUGUGAAUCCUGGACAGUGUGAAAACGUUAAAAUAUUAUUUUUUCCAAGUUCACGCGGGUCGAAUGAAACGGGGCUGCGAGCCUUGUGUUUGUCACACGUGCCGGAAAGCUUCCUUCGGAUUAGUUUCAUUUUUUGGGCUAUCGAGAAGGCAGGCUUCGAGACAGAAAUAUCGCAGUCCACAUCAAAGAAGCAAAAUUCGUCUCGCCAGUAUUUUGUAUCGUGAAAUUCUCUCAUGCCUACCUCGAACACUAACCCCGCCUCUAAUCCUAACCAUAACCCCGCCUCUAAUCCUAACCAUAACCCCACCUCUAAUCCUAACCAUAACCCCGCCUCUAAUCUUAACACUAACCCCGACUCUAAUCCUAACACUAACCCCGCCUCUAAUCCUAACACUAAACCCGCCUCUAAUCCUAACACUAACCCCGCCUCUAAUCCUAACCAUAACCCCGCCUCUAAUUUUAACACUAACCCCGACUCUAAUCCUAACACUAACCCCGCCUCUAAUCCUAACACUAAACCCGCCUCUAAUCCUAACAAUAACCCGCCUCUAAUCC